AUGAAUAUUGCUCUAUACACUUGCAGCCGAGCGUACUGCAACAUCGUGGCGGGCGCGUGCUUCACGCUCGGGCUGCGCUACGCCGGCUCGGGGCUCGAGGAGGCGAGGGACACCGCCCUGCACUACACCAACCUGUUCCUCACACUAGCGGGUAAGAGUCUCGGCGAGCUGGCGGGGAGGUCUACACUCGAAUCGUGUCUGUGCGUCUGUCUGUUGGCUGCUGCUAUGGUGAUGUCGGGUCGCGGCGACAUCGCCGUGCACGCGGUGUGCCGGCGGCUGCGCGCGCGCGUGCCCCGCCCCGCCGCUGCGCGCGCGCCCGCCCUAGAACAUGGACCACAGAUGGCGGUGCACAUGGCGCUCGGGCUCCUACACCUGUGCGGCGGGCGCGGCUCGCUGGGCACCGCGCCCGCGCAGGUCGCCGCGCUCCUCACCUCACUGCACCCGCACUUCCCCACGCACACCAACGACAACAGAUACCACCUGCAAGCGUUCAGACAUCUGUACGUGUUGGCGGUCGAGGAGCGACUGAUCCUGCCGCGAGACGUCAACACGGGACGGCUGUGCCUAGCGCAUAUACAGGUGGUCGACCUCGCUGGCGCCGUGAAAGAGAUGAAAGCACCCUGUAUACUGCCGGAGCUGAGGACCCUCAAAGAAGUUAGAGUGCACGAACCGCGAUACUGGCCUCGAGCGUUUACGAGAGAAACCAACUGGGAGCAACUCGAAGCCCUCCUAGCCAACACCUGGUGCGUGGACAUCAAGCCGCGGGCCGGCUGCCUGUCCUACCUCGACGACCCCCAGGGCUUCCAGACCAUCCUAGCUCAAACCCUAACCCUAGACAAGACCAACGUCUGGUCGGCAACCCUAGAGAACAUCGAACUGUUCACCAGCGAUGAAAAAGUCCGAAGCUUCACCAAACAUUACUUGUCCAGUCUAAAGGAUAGCAAAGUUGGGUCAAACAUUUGCUCAGAUUGCAUGGUGUUGGACAAAAAAAAGGGGAAGAAGGUUCGAAGCGAGGGGGUGGUGAAGGAGUGUCAGUGUCGCAAGUAUGGGAGGGAAGAGUUGGAGUUUGUUCAGGGACUGAGUAUGGCCACGUAUGAAUGCGUGGUGAAGGAUAUUCUGUGCGCGCUGCCGGUUUGGACCACGUUUUUGAAGAUACUCAAAACAAUGAAGACUGACCCUUCAGCCUACCACAUAUGGCAGAUAAAGCUACUCCUAUCACAGAUAGAGAACCACAACAAGAGAUACCAAAACGAAAUGAAAAUCGACGGCGAAGAAUCCACACAAACCGAACCUCUGAUCUCUAACGAAUUCACAUUAGCCAUCAGUCAAAAAGUCGGUGAUAUUCUAGACGGCUUCGAAGCGAAAAUACAACCAUUCGUCAGAAAAUACCUGGGCUUGCCAAGCAGUAGACGAAUAAACCAGGCGGAUGACCUAGUUAAAAAGAUCCUAAGUGCAUAUUUAGUGUUCUACGAUAUACCUAAAGGUGUUCUAAGAGGGGCGAAUGUUGAGAAUACUCUGUCUUUGCUCCUUGAGGUGGAAAGUCUGGGGUUGAGCGUGACGUCAGUGAGUAAGGUUGAAGCGUUGUUAUGAUGUCCGUACAACUUUAGGUAUAGGCGCAUUUGUAAAUAAAUGUACUUGUAUUUCUGUAAA